AUGUCGUUGAGGCCGAACGCGAGGACGGAGGUGAGGCGGAGCAAGUACAAGGUGGCGGUGGACGCGGAGGAGGGGCGGAGGAGGAGGGAGGACAACAUGGUUGAGAUCCGGAAGAACCGAAGGGAGGAGAGCUUGCUGAAGAAGCGCCGUGAAGGCCUUCAAGCACAGCAGUUUCAGCCCACCGUCAACAUCCCUCAACAGGUGGACAAGAAGUUAGAAAGUCUUCCGGAAAUGAUUGCUGGCGUUUGCUCAAAUGAUGGCACACUGCAACUCGAAGCCACAACUCAGUUUCGCAAACUUCUUUCCAUAGAACGAAAUCCACCAAUUGAGGAAGUAAUACAGUCAGGAGUUGUUCCUCGAUUUGUUGAGUUUCUUGCAAGAGAUGAUUACCCGCAGCUUCAGUUUGAGGCAGCUUGGGCUCUUACAAACAUUGCAUCUGGGACAUCUGAUAACACCAAGGUCGUGAUUGAUCAUGGUGCAGUUCCCAUUUUUGUGAGACUUCUUAGUUCCCCUAGCGAUGAUGUUCGCGAACAGGCAGUUUGGGCUUUAGGAAAUGUUGCUGGCGACUCACCAAAAUGUCGUGAUCUUGUCCUUAGUUAUGGAGCGUUAAUACCCUUAUUGGCACAAUUUAAUGACAAAGCAAAGCUAUCCAUGUUGCGAAAUGCAACGUGGACGUUGUCAAACUUUUGUCGGGGGAAGCCACAGCCUCAGUUUGAGCAGGUAAAGCCUGCCCUCCUUGCUCUUGCUCAUCUGAUACACACCAAUGAUGAAGAAGUCCUUACUGAUGCAUGUUGGGCACUGUCAUAUCUAUCGGAUGGGACAAAUGAUAAAAUCCAAGCUGUUAUCGAGGCUGGCGUUUGCCCUCGUUUGGUUGAGCUUUUACUACAUCCUUCACCAUCUGUGUUGAUUCCUGCCCUGCGCACUGUUGGUAAUAUUGUGACUGGAGAUGACAUCCAGACUCAGGUUAUUAUUGAGAAUCGGGCUCUUCCUUGUCUGCUUACCUUGCUGACUCAAAACUAUAAGAAAAGCAUAAAAAAGGAAGCUUGUUGGACCAUUUCAAAUGUCACCGCUGGGAAUAAGGAUCAGAUCCAGGCUGUGAUUGAGGCUGGUAUUAUUUCACCUCUUGUCCAACUGCUUCAAAAUGCGGAAUUUGAGAUAAAGAAAGAGGCUGCUUGGGCUAUUUCGAAUGCCACUUCUGGGGGAACUCAUGAGCAAAUCAAGUUCUUGGUGCACGAGGGAUGCAUUAAGCCAUUGUGCGACCUUCUAGUUUGUCCGGAUCCAAGGAUUGUCACAGUUUGCUUGGAAGGUCUUGAGAACAUACUGAAGGUUGGAGAAGCUGAGAAGAACCAAGGGAACACUGAAGAUGUGAAUGUCUUUGCGCAAAUGAUUGAUGAUGCGGAGGGUCUAGAGAAGAUUGAGAAUCUUCAGAGUCAUGACAACAAUGAAAUAUACGAAAAGGCGUUCCACCUGGGGGUUUCAAAUUCGGUUGAAGGACGUUUCUUUCCUUAUUGGAAGUACUCUAGAUCUGGCUGGUCGAGCUUUUGUUCAGAAUUGGGUGGGCUGUCUGUAGUGUUUUCGUGUCGGGUCCAGAUGCAAUAUGAUUGA